AUGACAAAUCGAGGUACAGGAAAUUUUCAAGAAAACGUUUUUUCUACGAUAAUGCAAAAUUGCAAUGCCGAAUUAGGAGGAGUUCCUAUUUAUCCCGUCAGAUCUCUGCGUACCAUCGACUCAAGCAUUCAAGAAAAGCCGUAUAAUAAUAGUAGCUUAGCUCAUCCUCAGCUAGACCAAAUACAUCGAAAAAAUAACAACAUACCGGACGCUCAGAAUGGCAUUAUUGUCAAUAUGCCUUUAGAACAUCGAAUCAACAAUUCUCAUAUUUUUCAUUUAAUUGAUUUAGACGUAAAUGAUAUCUUAGAUGCACCUAGCAGCUUUCAGUCUAAUAAUUCCCAACAAAUUGAUGAGGAUAUGAGGGCAAGUAUUGAGAGAAUCAAAAAAGAAUGCAAUCUAACUAUUGGUUUUCCAAUUUUGCCUAUGCUUGCUAAAUCUUGCAAAAGUUUUAAAGAACUUGUUACUUUGAUUCCCGGCUCAGGUGUGCGGGCGGAGUACAAGUAUGAUGGAGAAAGAAUACAAAUUCAUCGAACCUCAGAUGGAAAGGUUAGCUUGUUUAGCCGCCAAAUGGAAAAUUUAAAUAACAAAUACUUUGACAUUCAUGAUUCUAUAGUUAAGAAAUUUUCAAGAGCUUUUAUUUUGGAUGCUGAAGUAGUGGCAGUUGGUGACAAUAAUAAUAUUUUGUCUUUUCAGGUUUUAUCAACUAGAAAGCGAAAAGUUACAGAAAUGGUUGCCAAUGUCAAAGUAGCUUUAUACGUAUUUGACUGUAUUGCAAUGGAUGAUCUUGUGUUGUUAGAUCAACCUCUUGAAGAAAGAUUAAAGUAUUUAGAAAAACUUGUGAAAGACGCUGAGUCUUUUACCAAAUAUCUAAAAAUUUCAGAAGCGAAAGACUCAUUUAACUUAGACAAUAUUGAAAAAUUUUUGCAAGAGGCAAUAGAUAAUAAUACUGAAGGAUUGAUGAUUAAAUUAUUGAAUGGUCCAUUGUCUUAUUACGAACCAAAUAAAAGAAACACAAAUUGGUUAAAAGUUAAGAAGGAUUAUAUUGAAACAAUAGGAGAUUCUAUAGAUUUAGCGAUUGUAGGUGCUUAUUACGGCAAAGGCCGGAGAACCAAUGUGUACGGAUCAUUUUUAAUGUCUGUGUACGAUGAAGAAGACGAUAAUUAUAGAACUGUUUGCAAAAUAGCAACGGGAUUUGAUGAUAAUCAGCUAACUGAGCUCCAUAAACAGUUGGAAACUAGCAUUAUAAAACAUAAGCCACAAUCUGUCGUGUCAAAUUUAGUCCCAGAUGUUUGGUUUGAUCCAAGUGUUGUUUUAGAAGUAAGAGCAGCAGAUUUAUUUGUUUCUCCAGUUCAUACCGCUUGUAACGAAAUGGGUAUAUCGGGAAUAGGACUUAGAUUUCCGCGUUUAGUUAAAAUUAGAGAUGAUAAAAAUGUAAAACAAAUAGCGUCUAGUUCACAAAUUUUUAAUAUUUAUAAAUCACAAGUAUCUAUCAGUAAUUCCGAUAUAGUUUUAUUAAAUAGUGAUACUGAAAUAGACGAAUAA